AUGGUGCUCGGACGCCUGACUCACUACGCCUUUGACGCCGUCCUCAUAUCUGCAUUUCUCGCUGGUAUCAAGAGAAGCACUGGUCUCACACCAACCAGUGUCAAAGCCUCGUCGCUCGGCGAAAGCAAAGAACUGCAGACAUGGGUGGACCGUUACCUCGGAGUGGGCGAAUGGGUGAUGGACCAGAGUGUUGCCUUCAUGGGCAGCAGUAGUUGGUUUGAACGAAGGCGAUGA